CUGGGAGGACUGGCCACUAUGCACGGCUCCUGCAGUCCACUGCUGCUGCUGCUGCUGGCCACCACUGUGAGUCCCACCGGCGCCCUCAGUGAUGAUGAGAAGCGCGCAUUGGUGGAGCUGCACAACCUCUACCGGGCCCAGGUGUCCCCACCUGCUGCGGACAUGCUGCAUAUGAGGUGGGACGAGGAGCUGGCUGCCUUCGCCAAGGACUACGCGCAGCAGUGCGUGUGGGGCCACAACAAGGAGCGCGGGCGGCGCGGCGAGAACCUGUUCGCCAUCACGGAAGAGGGCAUGGACGUGCCGCUGGCCAUGGAGGAGUGGCACCACGAGCGCGAGCACUACAACCUCAGCGCGGCCACCUGCGACCAGGGCCAGAUGUGCGGCCACUACACGCAGGUGGUCUGGGCCAAGACGGAGAGGAUUGGCUGUGGCUCCCACUUCUGUGAGAAGCUCCAGGGUGUUGAGGAGAUCAAUAUCCAGUUGCUGGUUUGCAACUAUGAGCCCCCGGGGAACGUGAAGGGAAAGAGACCCUACCAGGAAGGGACUCCGUGCUCUCUAUGUCCCUCUGGCUACCGCUGCGAGAACUCCCUCUGUGAACCCAUCACAGACCCAGAAGAGGCUCAGGAUUUGCCUCACCCGGUAACCGAGGCCCCAGCUUCCCAGGCAACCCAAGCUUCAGGCUCUAGGAAAAGCAGUGUCCCUUCUUUCCUGGCAACGGAAACUCCAUCCUCCUUGGUAACAGAGGUCUCAGGCCCCCUGGCAACCACGGCUCUACCUGCUGCAGGAACCGAGGCCCCAUCUUCCUUAGCAACGGAAGAUUCCCUCUCCAUGGCAACAGAGGCCUCACCUUCCUUAACAACUGAGGUCCCUUCCUCCUUGGCAACUCACAGCCUGUUCUCCCUGGAUGAGGGGCCAGCUACCUUCCCCAAAUCGACCCAUGAUCCCAUAUUCAAAUUGGCAGACAAAGAGGCCAGCAGGACAAUAGUGCCUUCCAAGAGCCCAGACAGUCCUCUGCACCCCAAGAUGUUCUUGACAGGGACACGGGAGCCACUGCCCCACUCCCAGAAGGUGGGCAAGGCUGAGGCCGAGUUGCCUUCUUCCAGUGAGGUCUUGGCCUCAGUUUUUCCAGGCCAGGACAAGACAAGAGAGCUGCCAGCCACACUGGACCACAUGGGAAACACUUCCUUCAAGUCCCCCAAUGCCUCUGCCAGUGCUAAGGCUCUGGGUGGGCGCACCCUGGCUCUGCAGUCAUCUUUGCCUGGUGCAGAGCCUAGUGUCAAUUCAGGGCUGAACUCGGGCCCUGGUCACAUCGGGGGCCCCCUUCUGGGACUGCUGUUGCUACCUUCCCUGGUGCUGGCUGGAAUCUUCUGAAGGAGUCACCACUCAAAGGCAAGGGCUGGUGGGGAGACCCUGGCCUCAUGCCCAUUCUGGAUCAUCUCUUCUCCAAGUAAGAGGCCACAGUUUCCUGGGCAGGUCCUGCUCUGUGGCCCAGGAGCCCCCCCUUGACCCCAGCUUCUGGCCAGACUCCAGGCCAGUGACCUCGUCCCCUCAGGAGGACUCUGUAAUACCCACUCCUGGCACUGCCCCAGGAGUGCCUCUGCCUCUGUGGAGGUCCAGGCCUCAGCUAGCUGCAGAUUGUUCUGGGCAGUGUUCCUGCGGCCACCUGUGCUCAAUCUCCAGUAGUCCUGUGGCCG